AUGUCUAGAAAUAACGUGCUGCUGCUUAUUGCAGACGAUCUGGGAAAGCAGCUCGGAUGCUACGGCUGCCAGUACAUGAAAACACCCAACAUCGACAAGCUUGCGGCAGAAGGCAUUAGAUUCGACAAAGCAUUUGCAAGCAAAGCAUCGUGCAGCGGGAGUCGCUCCACCAUCUAUACCGGACUUCAUACACAUGAAAAUGGCCAGUACGGGCUGAACAAUGGAAAACAUCAUUUUACGACAUUCGAUGAUGUUGAAACUGGCCCAUCUCUUCUCGGCAAACAUGGUGUCCGGACGGGCAUAAUCGGGAAAGUUCACGUCGGCCCCGACGCCGUCUAUCCUUGGGAAUCGAGGGCAGAGAAAUCAGAAGAGGAUAGCAGGCCAUUUGUGUUGACGGUUGGUUACCAUGACCCCCACCGUGACAGGACUCGAGGAGGAUUCGGCAAUGACGACCCCGUGGAUGCAAGAAUCCAGAGGGUAACGUAUCGACCUGAGGACAUGGUCAUCCCUGAAUUCCUAUCAGACACCGUUGGGUCUCGACAGGAGCUAGCGAGCUACGCGGAAGCCAUCAGUCGACUUGACCAAGGUAUCGGCAUGAUCCUACGAGAACUAGAGCAUUCGGGCUUCGUGGAAAACACCUUGGUCAUCUUUAUGAGCGACAAUAGCCCACCGUUUGUCAAUUCCAAAACUACCCUAUAUGAUGCCAGAGUCAGUCUGCCCCUCAUCAUCAGACACCCAGGAUCGGUACCUGCUAUUAACCCCAACUUGGUGUCUUAUGUUGAUAUAUUGCCAACCAUUCUCGAUUGGGUUUUAGGGAAUACAUUGGGUAACCCCAAGCAGCAGCUUUCUGGUCAAUCCUUCCUUCAUAUCCUCAACGAGGGCCAGGAACUAUCGGCCUGGGAUCACGUCUUUGGCUCUCAUACGUUCCAUGAAUCUCCAAACUGCUGGCCAACUCGUUAUAUACGGACCAGACGAUACAAGUACCACCGGAAUAUUGCUUGGCGGCUUGAUUUUCCCUUUGCGGCAGAUAUAUGCGGGUCACUAACGUGGGAGGAUAUUCGGAACGCCGAAAAUAGUCCAAAGCUGAUUGGCAAGAGACUGAUGAAGGACUACUUCUUCCGUCCUCCAGAGGAGCUUUACGAUCUAUCAAAGGAUCGGAACGAGGUGAUGAACAUUGCAGAGAAUACCGAGUAUUAA